AACAGCCUCAAUUCGUCGGGGCGUGGACUCUACAAGGUGUCAAAAGCAUUCCAAAGGGAUGCUGGCCGAUUUGAUUUAUUGACUCCAAUGCUUGUCACAGUUGUGUCAAGUUGGCUGGAUAUCCUUUGGGUGGUGGCUCAUUCGUGAUACACACGGGAAACGGUUGAGUGUGAAAAACCCAGCAGCUUUGCAGUUCUUUACACACUCAAAACCAGCGCACCUGGCACCUACAACCAUACCAUGUUCAAAGGCACUUAAAUAUUUUGUCUUGCCCAUUCACCCUCUGAAUGGCACACAUACAUAAUCCAUGUCUCAAGGCUUAAAAAUCCUUCUUUAACUAGUCUUCUCUCCUUCAUCUACAUUGAUUGAAGUGGAUUAAACAGGUGGCAUCAAUAAGGGGUCUUAGACUAUCCAGAUGAAAUCUAUUACAUGGAAAGAGCAGGCAUCCUAAUGUUUCGUGCACUCAGUGUGUAUAUAUGUGUGCCUUAAAAACCCUAAGAAAAUAACCUCUUAAUGUUAAUCAGCUAUAGUUAAUGUAGUAAGCAAUAGUUACUUGAAAUAUAUAAUUCAAUUACGUUUAUUUUAAGUUUACAUUAAUCUAGUUGUACUCUCUACAUGCAGACUAGAACAGAACCUCGUUUUUACCUGGCCAGGCAAGGCCGGUGAUAAUUAUACCAAUUUUGAAGGGCUAUUGUAGUCUUAUAUUUACGGUAGUACAUAUUUAUCUCACGUGUUGAAGGGAAGCGCGAUUGCAAUUGCGCACGCAUCUCACAAGCAAUAUUGUUGCAAUUUGUCAACAUCUACUGAUUGUUUGUUGCACAUUAGCUCGGAAAUUGGAGACUUUACUUAGCACAGAGAAUACAAAUUCUGUAAUUUGGACUGGACAAGAUGGCCAGCUGCCAUUUUCAGGCGCAGUUGGUAUCUAUUAUGGAGGUAUUAGCUAAAGCAGCUGUAGCAGAAAUAAACAAACGGGUUGAUGAUAGCUGUGCAGUUAUACGUUUGGAAAUGACCCAAAGCCAGCGAGAUAUUGAUGUACUGAAAAGGAAGUGUCAAAUGAUGGAGGGGGAGCUGAAGAAAACACGAGUCAGGAGAAAAGUUUUUUACCCCAUGGCAUCAGCAAGAUCUUCAUAUCCAGUCAAGAUUGUUUUGAACAAGCAGAGGAGUAACUCACAGUGGAGAGAUGGAGAGGACUCUCAACCCCAGCCUACAGAUGUGGAGCAGAGAGCAGAGACUGAACCAAUACUGAUCAAAGAUGAGGAGACGGCAGAGGAUGUGUGGAAAACGGACCCUCAGGAAGAGCUCAGGAUCACUGGAGAGGAGUCUGGUUCCAAGCCUGGGCAACCACCAUCCUUUGAGCAACGGCAUUGUGAUGUGGACUUCAUCACACAACCCAACAUGUCUCCUGAAGACUCAGUGGAACAUUACCCCAAUUCUGAUGGUCCAGAGGAACCAGGCACACCCCAGCUCACAUCUACAGACGUUUUCAGCACAGAGCAGCACCGGCCAGAUGAGGACUCACAAGAGCUAGUGAUGGUGAAGGAUGAGAAAGAGGAGGAGCUGGAUCAGACCACGACCCUCACAGGACCUGACCAGUUUGUCAUGGAUGAGACUGAUGGGCAGCUGUGGACCUCUGUGGAUCCAGGCAGAGACACUGACCCUGAUGGCCAUCAAAUUUUCUCAUUUCAUGCCUCAGAAGAGUACUCUCAGAAUAUCUCUUUUUUCCCAUCUCAUUGUGGGCUGCCAUCCGUUCCUACUAUGACAGAUGAUGUAGGGCCAUCGGUUCAUUCUAGAGGGAAACCACAUGCUAACAUGUUCAGUGCAGCAGCACACAUGAAAAGACAUGUCAGGACAUUGGCUGAUGAGACUAGACAACAGAUGCCAGCAGAACAGAGCAGUGAGACGCUGAACUCUAAUAAUGAUGGAAAUAGUUUAGCUCUACAGCCAAGGCAGCAUCAGCACAGGGCUUCAGAAGCAACAGUGAGAAUGAGUGAGUGCAUGACAGGGUCAAACAUGGCCACCACCUCCACCUUCUCUGGAUACAGUCUGAGUCGCAGUAGUUUUAACAUGGUGAAGAGAAUGAGGACUCAGUGGAGGUCGGGCGGCACCACUGAGAGGCGUUUCAGAGAGAAACCGCACACCUGCGAACAGUGUGGCAGGAGUUUCACCAAGCAGUGGAACCUGAUCAGACAUGCUGUGGUCCACAGCGGGGAGAAGCCCUACGAGUGCACACAGUGUGGGAAAUGCUUCACCCGGCGCUCCAGUAUGAAGUCACAUCAGAGAACUCACAUAGGAGAGAGUCCAGUGUCUCAAAAUGUUGUACCCCGAUACCCCUUGGAUCCACACACAAGUGUUAUGUUGUCUCAGGCCAGGUGGAAUAAAUAGGGACAUAAUUGCAUACUUUCUAUGUGAAAAUGUGGUCGGUAUUUAGGAUGUACAGAGACAUUUUACAAUAUUUUU